AUGAUGAAGUUACUCUGGAAUAUUCAGAAAAAGAAAGAUAACCUUUGGGUUAGAUGGAUUGAUAGUUAUUAUAUAAAGGGGCAUGAUGUUAUGCUUAUGGAGGCAAAGGAGCAACAUUCCUGGAUUUUCAAAGCAAUUCUGCAACAGAGAGUGGUGGCUAAUGGCUUGCAGGGCUGGAUCCAAUGGCAAACAUAUAGUACCAGACUUGUAUACAAGCAAGUGAUGAAAGUUCAUGGCCAAGCUCCUUGGUAUAGGUUGUUUUGUAGGAAUAGUGCACGGCCUCAAGCCCUCUUCAUCUUGUGGACUGCGUGUCAUGGCAAGCUGGCCACGAGAAAUAGAUUGUUCUGGUUUGGGAUGGUGGAUUAUACCACUUGCUGUUUUUGUUUGCAAGAAGAAACUAUGGAGCACCUGCUUUUUGAAUGCCUUGAGACUAAGACCAUUUGGAAGCAGGUUUUACUGUGGCUGAAUUGUCAACAUGAACCUCUUACUUGGAAUCAGGAAAUGAUGUGGUUAAUUCAGAAUUGCAGAGGAAAGUCUAUACGAUCGGACAUGCUAAAGCUGGCCAUUGCGGAAACAGUUUAUGGCAUUUGGAUGUAUAGGAAUUCGGUUAGCUUUGGGAAAGAUGUAGAUAGAUUGACAAUUGGAACAAAAAUUAUAGACAUUAUAGUUUAUAGAGGGUGGGUUAAAUUGAAGCUAAGGCCUCACAUUGCUAGAUUGGUGUUAUAG